ACAAACAGCGGAGACGGAGCGGCACGCCGCGCUGGAUCACCACGCACGCAUACACACUCAGGCGCGCGCGCAGUCGUACGCACACACAAACACACACACACGCACGCACGGAGCGGCAACAACAGACCGUAGAGUCACACACAGACGUUGUUUUUCUGUUAAGUGAGAAAUAAGCGAGUUGCAGCGGCGGGAGAAGAAGUCACCUAUCUGCAGCCGGGAGGCUUUGAGGAAACGACAAAGCGAGUCAUCAUGUGAGAGAACUUAAUGUGGGAAACGGACAAAAGGGCUGGAAUACGAGGAGAAUAGAAAGUAAAAGUGAUGUGUCAGUGUGACCAUAGACGCUACCCGUGGAUAAAUGAUCACUAAUCACCAUCACAAGAUGAAGGACGAGUCUGGCGUGAGCGGAAUGUCCGUGGAUGAGAAGCCUGAAGCCCCCAUGUAUGUGUAUGAGUCGACAGUUCAUUGUACCAAUAUCCUCCUCUGCCUCAACGACCAGCGGAAGCAGGAUAUCCUGUGCGAUGUGACUGUCCUGGUGGAGGGCAAGGAGUUCCGAGGGCACCGGUCCGUGCUGGCCGCCUGCAGCGAGUAUUUCCUCCAGGCGCUGGUGGGCCAGGCGGAGAAUGGCUUGGUCGUUAGCCUCCCGGAAGAGGUCACUGCCAGGGGAUUCGCUCCAUUGUUGCAGUUUGCCUACACUGCUAAGCUGUUACUCAGCAGAGAAAACAUCCAGGAGGUCAUCCGCUGUGCCGAAUUCUUGCGCAUGCACAACCUCGAGGACUCAUGCUUUCGCUUCCUGGAAGCUCAGCUGCGCAGCGAGGAGGAUGGCUUGCUGCUCUGCCACAAGGUGGCGGCAGAGGUGAACAACUCAGAGGAUGAGAGCAUGCAGUCAGAGGCGGAAAGGCCCACUUCCCCGAAGGCGCGACGGCGUGCUGACGCCCUCACCUCCUUCGGACACCCUGACGAUGAUCGGCUAUCAAUGGCUAUGCCCAGUAACUUCGCAGAUGGCCGGCUGGACUUUGAUCGGCACGGAGCGUCAGACCUGCCGCGAUGCCCCAAGUACAGGAAAUACCAGUGGGCUUGCAACAAGCACAAUAAUGACACCUCCUCACACACCAGUACCUCAGGUUUUCCAAGCACAUUAAAGGAGAGCAGCGUUAGUGGGGCAGUGCCAGGUCAGGGCAGGCUGCCUUUGGCACAGAUCAAAGUUGAACCACAGGCAGAGGAAGAGGCCGUCUCAUUGUGCCUGUCAGGGGACGAGCAGGACGUCAGGGAUAAGGACAGUGUGACAGCCAUGGAAAUGGAUAACCCCAUGUCUGUGGAAAGAACCAAGAGAACCAAGUCCCCUUCUUGCCUCCGAGCCUUCUUCAAGAAAGGGGCGGACCUCCCCAGUCUGCCCAACACAUCACAGCAGCUAUUCGCCAACAGACUUGUCUGCCCCCAGGACAAAGGAAACUCUCAGGGAGAUCAUAAAAAAGACUUCAGGCCUUUCACUGGGGAGCUGGGACUGUCUGUUACAUCCCCAAAGGACGUUGAUGGUUUCCCUGCAGGGUUGUCCCUCAAGUCCGCUUCCUGUGAUGGGGUCUGCAAACAGGAAGUUGAGCUAGAUCGCCGUAGUGUCAUAUUUUCCUCAGGGGCCUGCAACCGUCUGGGAACCCCAGCACAUUCCUACCCUGGUGGGAACUCUUUGGAGAUGGAGCUCUCUGAGCACAUGCCAAAGAGCCUGUGGGCUGGAGCCAGCCAGUCCCUCCCCACCUCCCAGACCUAUUCUCCCAGCACCACCUCCACUGAGCCCCCACUCCUGUGCCGCCCACGACCCAACACCAGCUGCCCAGUGCCAAUCAAAGUGUGCCCGCGCUCGCCGCCUUGUGAGACACGCACCAGGACUUCCAGCUCCUGCUCUUCAUACUCAUAUGCGGAGGACGGCAGCGGAGGAUCUCCCUGCAGCCUGCCCCAGUUUGAGUUCUCCUCCUCUCCAUGCUCCAACGUGGCACGCUGCCUCAAUGUGGACCAGCAGGAGCAAAGUGUGGGCGGGGAUCCCCUUUUUAACCAGGUGCGGCCCAAGAUCAAAUGUGAGCAGUCCUAUGGCACCAACUCCAGCGACGAGUCAGGCUCCUUCUCAGAGGGAGACAGCGAGUCCUGCCAUGUACAAGAGCGAGGGCCAGAGGUGAAGCUGCCUUUCCCUGUAGAUCAAAUCACAAAUCUUCCACGGAACGACUUCCAAAUGUUGGUGAAAAUGCACAAACUGACCUCGGAGCAGCUCGAGUUUAUCCAUGACGUGAGGCGGCGGAGUAAGAACCGCAUCGCGGCACAACGCUGCCGCAAGAGAAAGCUCGACUGCAUCCUGAACCUGGAGUGUGAGAUCAGAAAACUGGUGUGUGAGAAGGAGAAGCUGCUGACAGAGAGGAACCAGCUGAAGGCAUGCAUGGGCGAGCUGUGGGAGAACUUCUCCUGCCUGUCCCAGGAGGUGUGCAGGGAUGUCCAGCUGAGCCCCGAGCAGGUCCAGUCUUUACACCACUACUGCCCCGUGCUGCGGCCCGCCAACUCUACUGCCAGCAUCAACUCUGCCCACGAGCCCAAGCCUGCCCCCAGCCCUGCCACCAACACCACCACCACCACCACCACCAGCAUCGACCUCACCGCCCACUCGGGCUCGGCCACGCCAGAGCCCAGCUUCCACGGGUCGCCCGGGCCCUCAGAGAGCGAGCCCGACUUGGCCAUCAGGAACGGGGCGGACAAAGAUACGGACGGCCGAGACGCCAGCUUGUACACACAGUCAGGGCUGUCCGCGGAAAAAUCCAACCAGACGGUAACGGUGGAUUUUUGCCAGGAAAUGACUGACAAAUGUACAACUGACGAGCAGCCAAGGAAGGACUGUACUAAGUAGUGGUGGUUUUCUGUGUUGUUGUUUUUGGAUGUUUUUUUUAUUAUUUAAUUUUACUCUUCUGACAAACCCUCUCUCGGGGUUGCUGAGACGGUCAGCCUCUGCCAGUGUUCACUGAAAAACAAGCUUUGUUUGUGUUUAUGUCUUUUUGUGCUGUCUUUUUUUUUUUUUUUUUUUGGAACGGUUGACACUAAAGUUGUCUUAACAGCAGCAAUACUGUUCUCCAGGUAUUCUCCUCUUACCAUAACAGAGUGGGAACUUCUCACCAAACCCUUACAAUGGUGCUAUACCCGCCCCGACAGCAACCUCUACAGUGGAGACUCUGUUCUUCAUGUGUCACACAUCACAACUCAAAGUUGAACCUCAUCGGACCUAAACAGCAGCUCUCUUUGUCUCUCUGUGUACCAACAGUAUCUCUGUUCCUGCCUUUCACAUUUGCUCUUCUCUUUUUUUCCCACUCUGUCUCUAUCAAUCUUCUCUACCUCUUCCUUUCUCGCUCUUUUUCUCUCUUUCUCUCCGUCUGUGGUUCUUCUCUCGCUAUAUCUCAGUGGCCCUUUUCGUCACGGCAAUUCAAACUCAGGAAAAAGAAAAAAAAUCCUCUGAAUGUUCAACCUAAUUCAUGGAAAUGAGAAUACAGCUUCUGUACACGAGGAAGUUGCGAUGCAGUUAGACUGUAAAAUGUUCAUAUGCAAAAAUGUCUUCAAAGCGUCUGGCAUUUGUAUUUCUGUACAGGAGAACUUUGUACAGGCUGUAACCGAAAACAUUCCUCCUUUGCCUUCCUCAGCACUGAAUUGAAAGGAAAGAAAAAGGUUUUUUUCGCAGGCGGUUAAAUGGCUAUUUUUAUUUCCCACUCAUCAGCAAUACCAUUGUAUUUGGAUGUUGUAACGGUGACUUUCAAGUGCUUGUUUGGCAGAAAUGUACAUAGUAUGGAGCAUGAUGACUGUAACAGUGAUUUUGUACAGGUAGAGGCUUAGAUGUUUCUUUUUUCACCGGGGUUAUAUCAAGCACCUUUUUGCUAAGGGAAAAAUCUUUGCUUUGCUGUUUCCUGUCCUGCCUAACGAAUGCUCCCCAUCACGGUGGGUGUUCUUAAACUCAGGAAAUCAGCUCGAUAACACAUGUAGACACACACACACACACACACACACACACACACAGUACAUACAGACACACGUGUCAACACACAUGUCAAAUUUAGAGCCCCAUGCAUGUAUAAAAGUUAGACAUUCGAGUUUUUAACGCGAGGCUCAGGCCAGCUCCUCUCCAACUUUGACUCCUCUUUAAAUGUGAAAAAAAAGAGUUCUGCCUUGUGUUUUUUGGAGGUAAAUCUUAUUUCUUAUCAGUAUUUGAAGAUGCUAUUUGUGUACACUCUCGCUUUGGGUUUCUUCAGUGUUGCCGUUUGAUGUUCGAAGACAGCAGAAAAGCCAACAUCUAAGACAGAUACUUUCAUUUUUUUCAAAUUGAUGCUGAAUGAAACACCCAUUGACAAAAAGAAAAAAACUAUUGACUUAAAUCAGGCACUUUGUUCCAGGCCCCAAGCACUCAGAGCCAUUUAGCACUUCAAUAAGGGUCUUUGUCUUUGUUUCAGAGCCCUUAAAAGUCUGAUUCUGGAGCACUUAAAUUGGCACUUCAAGAGGAAACAUCUUGUUGAUAUGAUCAUAUAAAUAUACAAUUCAAAAAUAUCUCUAUAAAGACGACGUAUCUGAAACAUAAAAAGAAGCUAACGUUUUAGUAUAAGAGUGUUCACACCUUAUGUAUUUCUUUAGGAAUUGAAUAAGCUAAUUCAGAUUUCAUUUGAUGUGAAAGCAGUGUAUGUGUUGUCCAAAUGAUUGAGUAACAAUCAUAUAAGAUAGUAACACGUUUGCCCUAAUUGUGCAUUUGUUUGAACAUCCUCCUUUGUGAUGUGCAUGCAUGCUGCCUAUAGCUAUAGGCUUAGUUAGGUUGUCUAGCUUCUGUUUGCCUCGUGAGUUCUCUACUGGAGCAGUCUGCUUUUAAAAUGAUAUUUUUAAAAAAAAUUCUAUGUAUAAACAGGCAAGACAAGCUGAAUUAUGUCAGCCCUCACUAGAGGUGGGCUCUCGGUAUGAGCAGGGCUGUACUCUAGCACAGAGGUUGAAUCCAAUUGGAACGUGAAGCUUUGUUCAUUGCUCGAUAAAGCCCCAAUCCCAAAUGGCAGUCCCCGUUAGCUUAAUACAUAGCUGGAGCUAAUGUCGCCUCUAGGCUAGCUGUUGUUCUGCUAGCUUCUAUUUUGGAAAUUAACUACUGCUACAAGCCCCAUCCCUUUUAGUGACAUCAUAUUUUCAAGGUAAUCCAAGACGUUCUCAUUCCCAGGUCAUGAAAUACCUGUGCUUUGUCAUGGUCUUCAGCGUCUGAUAGCGAAACACAGGGCACCCUGUGUCUCUGUGUGACACACAUUGUAACACAUGGUUAAUGUUGUGAGACAUUGCAAUAAGGUUUAGGUAAGAAAACUACUUGGUAUGGUUUAGAAAAAGAUCUUUCUUUGGGUUAAAAGAAGUAAAUUUGUUGUGUGGAUCAUGCACAGCCUUUGUUAAAAUUACAAAGGGUUCAAAUUCUAAUAGAAAGGACUGCAGUAAAUAGAAAUUUACUCAAAAUAUGGACUGUAGACUUAAUAUACUCAUAUAUAGAAGUUCAAAUGGUGGUGCUACUCAGGCUAUAUUCAGACUGCAGGCAAAUCAGAUUUGUUUCUCUAAUCAGAUAUUUAAGACUGUCCGUACUGUUUCUUGCAAGUGAUCAAAUCGGAUUUGCAUGUUUAGACAUCACCAACCUGUCUGCAUUGGUUGCUGUGGUAAUGACAGAGGCGUCAGUGACUGCAUAGCUAUGCUGUUGAUGCCCAAGCCCUCAGGAACAGUGGUGAGCUUUGAAGCCAAUUUGACAUAGUGGCCAAAUCGUGGAUUUACAACUUCCAGGUCUUGUCGCAUGAUGUAAUUGGGCCCCAAAAGAUUUUCCUGUAGACUUAAAAAGUGAAAGAGACAUCUGAAAAUCACGGAUGAUUUUCUUUGAAGUAUAUCGGCUUCUAGUACAAACUCUGAAAUAGCCAUUAUUUAAAUCAUUAUGUCAUAAAUGUUGUAAAAUUCACUAAUAGCUGAAUCCACAAUUAUCUCCUACUGUCAUUGAUGUGAGUGAGCCUGUGGCCAAGUGAUAGGGAGGCAAGAUAAAAGACAGUGCUAGUGCGCUUGCUUUAUGGACGUGGAAAAUCUGACUGGGAUGCAUCUGUAGAAAUCUGAUUGGACUCACAUUUCAGACCACCUCUGUGUGUAGUUUGGAUCCAUUUUGCAAAAAUUGACAUGCAUUUCAAGUUGCAUUUUGUCAUCUAGACAUGAUAAAAUCAAUCUGGACACAAUCUGGAUAUGCCAAAUAAAAACUGAUUUGGGUGUGCAGUCUGAAAGAGGCCUGAGAUAGCCACCAACUGGGUAGCCGCAAACAUUUAGUUCCUUAAAAACCUAUUUUUUGCUAAAUAAAUCUGGGAUUUGGGCUUUAAAGUUUGGAUGAAAAUGCUUCAUAGUUCUCCCCCUGACUUUAACUGAUGUAAAUUUUAGAUGUAGUUUAAACUAUGAUCUCUUGUGUGAGACUGAUCCUGUUAUACAGCCAAACAGAGUAAGUGUAUUUUAUGAAACCUGUCUUUAAAUUCUUAAAAAGAUAGGUGCAUAGACCCAUACAUGCACAAACACAUGCACACAAACACAUAUAUUCAUACAAUACACACACAGUACACACAUUGUGGCACAGCCUGAGUGCGGAGCAGUGGUGGUUCUUCAUCGACUGGUGUGGUUUCUCGUGUUUGUUCAGCCCUUUAUCCUAUUUGUGCUCUUUUCAUUCUUUUAUGCAUAUUUAACAGUAUUUUACCCAUGUGGAGAUUCUACCAGGUUCAAGCCAGAAAAACUAAGGUGGAACCAUCUACAUUACAGAAGCUUCUUUUCUGCAAACAUUAUGCAACUCAUUUUCUAUUCAAGUACUUUUUGCUCAAUCUUAAAUUGAAGAAGCCUAGUGUUGCAGUGGGGAGCAUCGACUCUGACUUUGUCUUUCUGUUUGGAGAAAAUGAAUUUGUGAAGUUUGUGUUGUCACAAAACUAUUGUAACAAAGACCCCUGGGUGUCUCCUUAGAUUUCCUAUUAAUACUACAAUGAUCACAUUAUUGCUUUUUGCAUAGCAGAAGUUCUUUUAUACCUGUUGAAUGUUCAUGAUUCAACUUAACAAAUCCCUAGAUUACCAUAGAGCUAAGAUGAAGAGAUGAUACAUAAAACAGAGGCUCCUGAAGUUCUCUCUCCAGUCAGAAAAGCUUUUUGUCUAGACCUCUAAGCUCUUCAAGUCUUGCUGCAUGCUCCGACACUGACUGUUUGGUCAAAGUCCAGUAACAGGCAUCCUCAGCUUCAAUGGUGAGAUGAGUCAAUGUCAGCAUCUGCAACAUGUCCACUGUUGUUUAAGGGGUCACUUAAAAAUAUUUAUAUAAAAUUCUCACAUAUGUCUGUGGGAUCUAGUCACGCUGAUAGUUUAGGUUUUUAUUGGUUUUGAAGUAUCGAUCCAGGUUUUGGGAUAUCGGUCUAUUGAGAUUUCUGCCUGAUCCAGUGGAGGAAUUUCCUUUGUGGUGCUCACAUCACUGAAAAGGUGCAACAUUUCUUUGCAGAAGUAGUGUCCUGUUACUUUGGAUAAUCAUGUUGCUGUGAACAGUAUUUUAUUUCAGACAAUCUCAAAACUUUGGUGAAUAAAACCUAAACUAUGCAUGGCUAGGUACCACCGGAGCUAAGUGAGAAACUGUUUUGUUUUUGUUUUGUUUUGUUUUUUGUCAUUUGGGUGAAUUGACCCCUUAGUGUCUCAGGGUGCCAAGCAUUUGAACCUGCUCUCUUUAUCACUCUGAAACUGAUUAUGUUUUUUACUUGCUUUUUUGAAAAUCAAACAAAAUGUCCCUUAAAAUUUUAUUAUUUAUUUAAAGCUGCAUUAAUUGUUUUAGGCCACUUGGGGGCAGCAGAACAAGCACAAAAUUGACAUAUUGUAAAGUUUGAAUGACUAACAAUAUAGCAAGGAGUUCCCUACUUACACAUCGAGCAGACACAGAGCAACAUUGCCACUCAUUUGUAGUGGUGUUUGUGUCCACCUGAUGAAUGUAAGUCAAAUAUUUACUCUCUUUUAGCUCUGUUUUUGGUUUCCACCAGCUCCUGAGAUUAAAAUCUCUCCCUUUAGCUGCUAAAUGCUCCACCAUCUUCAUUAGCUAGUAUAUAAUUUUGUAUCUGUGCCUUUUGGUGCUUGGCAGGUAGGCACAAUGAGAUUUUCAAAACUUUUUGGUGAAAAACAGCCGCCUGCUGCUGCUGGAAACAAGAUUGAUAAGAGCAUUUGCUGGUUGGAAGACCAAGCUAAUGAGCUAAAAGAUGAUAAAAAGAAAAACUCUUAAAAGCAGUGUUGGUGAUAAUCGUUUGCUACCCAGCUGGUACCAGUUGUCAAUAUGAUGUCAGAAAAAUGUUGGAACAUUGCGUCAGGUUCGGAUACGAUAUCUUAAACGUCUACUGACGUUAGAAUUGCAUGUUGUGUGGACGUUAACAUUAUACAACAACAUACCCUAUGACUAAAUGUCAUUAUUCUACUUUAAGAUGAUGUUUGCAUUCAAUGUAUCCUCAUGUAUUUGUCUGGUAUCCUAUGAAAAUCCACACAUAAUGGUUUGUAUAAUAUUUUACAAAUUUACGCCCCAUGAAUGACCUUAUGUACUUAAUGUAAAAUUGCUUACUUAGCGUAAAGUUGUGGAGGUUAGGUUUAAACAUGUAAAGUUAUGUGGCUAGGUUUCGGAAAAACACAUGAACAAUGCCCGUAUCAUGAGAGGUUUGGAAGACGUUGGAUUUUGGUUACUUAACAGCACAACUUAAAACCAACAAAAUAUCAACAUUAUCUGUCAUCAGUAUUCUACGACAAAUUGAUUUUGGAAUUAGACGUUGUCCUGACAUUGAAUUUUUGUCAUCCGACAUCACAACCUAAAUUCAACCAAAUAUUAACAUCUAAGGACGUUGGUGGCCAGCUGGGUAGUUUGUCACCGUGGGCACUUCCUUUCGCAUUACACAUAGUCACGUGAUCCAUUGUUCAUUUAAACUUAUUUAUUAAUGCAGCUUUAAAAUAUUUGUAACAGUAAUUAUAAUUAUGAACACCUAAAAUGAAUUGAAGAAUUUGAUACUACGAGGAGUCCUCCAGGCUACUUUUUUGGUUACGGCCAUUACAGCAGAUUGCUGUUGCUGUAACCGAAUGCUCGUACCCUUUUGCUGUGUAUUUGUCUUGUUUAGUUGAAACAUUUUUUUGUUGCUGCUUCUCUGAAACAAACACUGGCUUUUCAACUCCAAAGGUUGUUCUAUAAAAGAAUAUGAACAAAAACAUGCCUUUCUCACAGAUUGCUCAACUUUAUUGAAAAAAAAAAAAAAAUCUGGUUUCCUGGUUGAACGCGCAGGCUGAGAUCAUCGAGUAAAUAUAAAAAUGGAAAAUGUUUACAAAUAGGUGUCAUGUCAUGUUUGAUCAAUUUUUGCCAUGUAAAAAUAGCUUGGUUCAAUUGGACUGGUUCUUGGUGUUGUGUAGAGACAACGUUUCCUCACCUUGUCUUUAAUCCAACUUUUGGGAUAGGUCAGCAUUACAUGGAUACAAAUGCACCUCCGAUAUUUGCCUUAGAACUUGCAGAGGCCAUAGUUCACAUUCAAGUGAAGUGAGUGUAUGCAGGGGUCUGGGCCCCCAUCCCUGAGUCACCAGUGCGGACUUUCUCACACUUAUCUACCUGUGAAAUCCUUCAUACCUCUCAUAACUGGUCAAUGACUGUAUCAGCAAACUGCAUCAGGUGUUUUUUCUACAUGCUUUUUACACAGAUUAUAUGGAUUAUUGUAUUAGUAGAUUUUGGUGCAUCAUUUUUAAUGUAAUAGCUCUUAAGCUUGUAGUUCAAGUUGUUGUUUUUUUCUUUCAUUUUUCUAGAUGACUGUUUUGUGUUAAUAUUGUCAAUUUGCUGUUAUUUGCUUAUUCUCUACUAAGAGUUCUUACCUUUAUAAUUUUUAAAUGCUACAUGACCCUAAUUAAUUAAAAUGACUUAAUAACCAUUGUAAAUACGGUAUUGUGCAAACCCCAUUUUCAUUCAUUUCAAUUGCUAGUGUUAUAUAAAUGACUCUUUUGUCUAGACACCAUUUCUCUUUAUGAAAUAAAGAAACAUGCAUAUCAUG